UUCUCGAUUGGACACAUCGACCAUCCCCCAGUAAUCUUCCCCCCGUAUGUACAUCAACGCCUCGUCGGCUGGUACGCACCUCGAUUGUCCGCCAUGCAGCGCUCUGCGACCUCCCGGUUAGCUGGUCUCUCCGUUCCACCCGGCAGCAUAGCCCACCUCGGUCUCAACUCGCGAAGCCUCUCUGCAUCGCUCCUCAAUCUCAAGGCAGAGCAGCAGGACUCGGAUACGGAUCGACAUGGUUCGAGCAGGAGGAAAGAGUUGGACGAGAUCUCGAUCGAUUCGACCGGCGGGGAUAGCCUUGGCGACGAUCAAGGAUCGGACGACGAGGAUGGACAGGAGAAAGUCGGUGCGGCGGUGCCCGAGCCAGAUGUCGAUGGAAACAACUCCCCACUGAUAGCAAUAGCAAGCCAUGGUGUAGAGGACGAGCUACUCAAAUCGUCGUUCAACCUACCUCAAACUGAUCAAGAUGAAGGAUCGGGCUCAAGUGGGUCCAGCGAUGCCUCAUCGUCAGCCGGAACGAUCCCCACGCCGCGAUCACCGCCGCCGACAUACGAGUUCGCGACUGGCCCCCUGCUUACCCCGAAAGCCCAACCAGAAGCUGGACCGUCCCGUUCACGUCGAAGCCCACUUUCAUGGUCAACAAGUUCGGGAAGGAUUAGGCGUAUCCGAUCCUCUUCACCCGGUCGGCGUAGUGCCGUCGCAGAUCGCGAGAGAAACAACGAGGACCAAGCGAUCUCGAGCUUGGAAGCGAGUCUCAACUCGCUCGUACCCGCCUUGCUGGAACGGGUUCCUUCGUCUAGCUCUGAGCGUUCCCUAUUCCGCUCGUUUGAUGAAGAGGCGCUCAGGAGAAGAGGGUUGAAAUCUUCGUGCACGAACACCGCGACAGGGAUACCCGGAAAGGGCGACGGGGAGGAUGACGAUCCGAACGCUUUCGUGCUGAGCAUCUCUGAUCCACCUUCUCCGAGAUCUCGGUCAAAUUCGAUUUCCAUGCCGGGCAAAGCGGAUGGGGGUAAGAUGAGAGGAAGCAAGGGGAAGAGACGGAUCAAGAUCGUGGACCGGAGUGGGGGCGAAUGGCGAGACCUCGUUGAGCGACCUGACGAGGAGGGGCAGGCGGCUUUAAAUGGGGAUGAGCUAUCUGAGCGGAUUUUCAAGGCUCAAGCACUUGCUCCUGGAACCGUGUCUGAGGACGGUGGUGCCAGUGAGCCUCGGACACCCAGAGCGCCAACCCUGAUCAACAAACGGCUUGACCUUGACCGAACGCGAUCAUCCCCCCGAAUCAACUCCCCAAGCCCUGAAACAACAGAACGACCCGCCUUGACUCGCCAUCAAACCAGCUUAAACGCGACCCAAGCAGGCGAACCGUUUGCUCGGGACGUACAGAUCAUCGGGUGGAAGAUCGUAGGAGGGGAAACCAAAGUCCAGAAAGAUAGGCCGGGGUCGAGGUCGAACACGCCGUCCACAAGCGAUGCACGGAAUUAUGUCGAAGUGGAACGGGGCAAGAUCGGCGCCUUUGUCGUGUACGAAUGCGAAAUCUAUCUUCGACAGGGGACCAAGGUGACCAGGAUGAGGCGAUACAACGAUUUCGUAGAAUUGAGGGAUGCUCUGAAAUGGGCAUACCCCAAAUUACGGUACGGCGGGACGCUGCCGAAACUUCCGCCCAAGAACAAUCUGUCGAAAUUCGAAUCAAAGUUUCUCAAGGAUAGACAAGCUGGUUUGCAAUACUGGCUCAGGACGGUACUACUACACGAGCAAAUGGGAAGUAAUGAGAUUGUUAAACGAUGGGUUCUCGCCAAAUGAGAGCCUCAUCGGGCUGAUGUUGUAUGAUGUGACGAGGAGGCAUCACGAGCGCUUCAAGGUUGUAUACGAAUUUUGGCAAGAUGACUGCGUGCAGCACAGGUCUCUUGCUAUACGAAGUCGUUGUGGGGAAACCCAAGUUUUCAA